AUGAGCCAAGAUAUCGACAAUUAAAACUACGACCAUAAUUUAGAUGAGCCAAAUAAUCCCUAAGUCAAUGAUAACAAUGAACCUUAAAGGACAUAGAUGCAUGCAGGAAGAGACAAUAACAAUUCUGCAAGAUAAGCCCAUGAUUUGAGACAGAAUCAGGAUUAUAAUUAGGCUUAACACCAAAUGCCUCGCUUUGAUGGUCAACCAAAUCAAGAUCCAAAUUAAUAAUUUCAAAACAUGAAUAAUCAGCAGCCAUAAGUCUAAUUCAUGCCUGCUCAAUACUAGCCAACCCAACCAGGUAAAAAUCCCCUAGGAUAAAGUUCAUCCUUUAUGGCUUAAAGGAAUCAGAACCAUCUCAAUUAACAGAGAUACAAUUAAAACAGCUACAACUACUUUAAGGAAAAACCACUUCAUAAAGCCCCAUGGAAUGAGAGAUUUUUUGAAUUUUUCGACAAACCUCAGAGAAACAAUGUUGAUCUCAUGAUUAAGCCAGACAAACCAGAGAUUCCAAUUGAGGAUUUCUAUAGAAGCACCAGUUUAUCCCAACUGCUAUUUGACAGUGCAGAUAGAAAAUUAUCUAGAGCUAGCUCCAGAACUAUUUUAAGACCAGGAUAGUCUAAAUACGGUAAUAGACCUAGCACACAGAGUGCAAGUAUUACCAGAAAAUCCUUAAGAAAAGCGUAGAGUUAAAAGAAUCUACUAGUAGCAGAGUUCAAUUGGGAUGAAAAAUUCAAUAUAAUGGCUUCGAAAAAUAAUAUACAAGCUCAUAAAAACUAUCAUGAGUACUUUGACAGACCAAUCGAAUAUGAUGCUAGAGGUUAUGCUUACUCAAAGAAGCCUGAACCAUUCAUAGUUUACAAGAAGAAGACUCCUAUCUUGAAAUCUCCGCUUUAUAUGUCUCAAGAGAGAUAGCAGGAGGUGUCUUAAAUACUGAGAUCUUAUGAAAGCACCAAGAGACUUUCAACCCCUCAACUUCAAUUUAGAGAGAGCGUUGAGGAUUUUUCUAAGCCUCUCACAACCUAAUCAUCUCAUAACAAAAGAAUGCUAUCUACAGCAUCUACUAAGGUAAGCAGAAACUCUGAUAAUAUCAUGAGAAUGCAAAGAACUGGGUGGAGCGAGAGAAUUGGUUUGCCAAUCUCUACUUAUAAUGAGACAGUCUUCCCCAGAUACAAAAUAUUGUUCGAACAUUUAUGA